AUGGAGUACUCUGAAGAGAAUGCCUGUGAUCGCCCAUCUGGAAUUCGUCCCCCGAUGAUCCGAAUUCCAUCUCCAGGCAAAGGAUUACAGGAAAUUACUCCGUCCGAGAAUAACACCAGAGCCAAACCCGUCUCUCGAAUGGCUGCUCCCAAUAAUAUCAAGCGCGCAAUGGGCUAUCACGAUGGCCAACCGGAACCCAAGCAACGGAAGACUUUGGCAGAGAGAGGCGGAGAACCAGUAUCAAAACCGACGAUUCCCACAAUAUCUGGCAAACCACCAGUCAAGGGGACAUCACUGGUGAGCGCGAGUUCAGGCGUAAGUUCAAUUUUUCUGAGUGAUGAAUUUCUUGUGCGACCAAGACGGCACGACGUUGGCCUACCAUCCACUGGGAGGAUCGACAAACUUCCAAGAGUCGAUUGCAAGAGACAUUACUGGCUUGUGUUACACAAUGCGCCACUUAGGACCUUGCGGCGGAAUUCAAAUAAGCAAAUGCUACAAUGUUGUGCGAUGCGACUGAAGUUCGUGCACGCUUGCCAUACGUAA